GUUAUUCGGAGACUGUUGUCACGGUUGAUUAGAAGAUUGGCGAACUCGAGAGUUGAAACUAUAUGACUCAUAAUGGGAAAAGGGAUAAACACCACUUCUACUUUCUUCAUCUUGGAGCACAGGAUAUACAAUUACUCACUAACCAAAGACAUGCUUUGAAAUUAAACUAAGUUUGAAAUUGAAAUGAAUGUGAUGUCAUUGCUUUGCUGGCUGGUAUGGAAAAUGUGGAAUGAAAGUGAGACCAAAGGUGCGGUGGCGGUGGAAAAACUAACCCAAACAUGCAUCAUUAAAUACAGAGAUAAUUUUGUAUAUCCCAAAUGGGUCCCACAGCUACAAUGGGACAAAAUGGAUUUAAAGUCCAGCUAUGUAACCACGUCACCAUUCCAAAUUAAAAAGUGGAGAGGAACAACCAUUGUUACACGUGGCUAAUUAACAGUAUCAAAAGUACACAUGUCAUUACACGAGCAAAUCCAACAGUUUAAUACGAGAAAACAAAAGAAAAAUGAAUGCAUAUGGAUAUUGAUUUGAACAAUCUUAACAACAAUGAACUAUUUCUACCUAAACAACUCAAAGUGGGUAUCAACAGUAGCAAGCAUAUGGAUUCAAUGCAGCAGUGGAUCACUCUACACUUUCUCAAUCUACUCCCAAACUCUCAAGUCAACGCAGCACUACGAUCAGUCAACGCUCGACACCGUUUCUGUUUCCAAAGACAUAGGAGCCAACAUCAGUGUCCUGUCUGGUCUCUUGUACGAUUUCCUUGCAACCAGAACAUCAAAUGGGCCGUGGAUUGUUCAUUUAUUGGGCUCAGCCCAAUGCUUCUUGGGCUAUUUUCUCAUGUGGGCUGCUGUCUCCGGUCUCCUUCCGCCGGUGCCUCUGCCGCUCAUGUGCCUCUUUAUGCUUGUGGCGGCUCAUGGUCAGAGUUUCUUUAACACUUCUAAUGUUGUCACUGGUGUUCAUAACUUCCCUAAUUAUAGUGGAACCAUCGUUGGUAUCUUGAAGGGAUUUCUUGGUCUAAGUGGAGCAAUAUUAAUUCAAGUGUAUAGAACAAUAUUCAACAACAACCCUGUGUCAUACCUGCUUAUGCUAUCACUCUUACCACCUAUCAACACUUUGAUGCUUAUGUGGUUUGUAAGAAUCCAUAACACUCAUCAUGAGGGAGAAUCAGAAAAGAAGUAUCUCAACAUAUUUUCUUUGAUGUCUCUAGUUAUUGCUGCAUAUCUUAUGAUUGUUAUAAUCCUGGAGAAUAUCCUUAGUCUACAAUUAUCGAUCCACAUUCUUACAUUCGUCGUGCUUAUGGUGUUACUGGCCUCACUUCUUUUCGUCGCAUUUAAUGCAAAUGAAAAUAGGGCUUUCAAUAAUGCUUCAGAAAGUUUUCUUGCUGAAGGGUCUAAUAACCCUUUAUUAGUCGGCGAUACAAACAAUCGAAGGAGAGUGCAACAGGGAGAAAACCUGAAUCUUUUCGAAGCAGUGAAAACGGUGAACUUUUGGAUUUUGUUUAUUUCUAUGGCAUGUGGUAUGGGAUCAGGACUCACAACCGUUAACAAUAUCAGCCAAAUAGGAGAGUCCCUUGGCUAUUCAACUGUCGAAACAGGUUCAUUGGUUGCUUUGUGGAGUAUUUGGAAUUUUCUUGGCCGCUUUGGAGCUGGUUAUGUGUCGGAUUAUUUCUUACACGCGAAAGGAUGUGCAAGACCAUUUUUUAUGGUGAUCACUUUGAUGGUUAUGAGCAUUGGUCAUGUCGUAAUUGCUUAUGGACUUCCAGGCGCUCUAUAUGUCGGUUCGAUAUUGAUCGGUAUUUGUUAUGGCUCUCAGUGGUCCCUAAUGCCUACAAUCGCUUUUGAGAUAUUUGGUGUAAGACAUAUGGGCAGCAUAUUCAACACCAUUACUAUGGCAAGUCCAGUGGGGUCUUAUAUAUUCUCUGUAAGAGUUCUUGGUUAUAUGUAUGAUAAAGAAGCAUCAGAAGAAGGAAAUAUCUGUGUUGGGACCCAUUGUUUUAUGUUUCCUUUUCUCAUCAUGGCUUCUGCCACUAUUUUGGGUUCUCUGAUAGCUUUGUGUUUGUUUUUGCGGACUCGAAGCUUUUAUGGUCUAGUUGUUCUUAGAAGAAUUCAGAAUACUGUGCGAUGAAGUUGCGAGUAAUGUAUUCGCUUAAGGAGUAUUGAACUUGUUGGUAUUCAGCGGCCUAACGAUAAUGUAUGUGCAGUGUUUCCUUCACUUUUAUGUGUUGGCAUGCUUUCUUGUGUAUUUCACUCAUUGAAACACUGACACACUCACCGGACACAACACUGAUAUUGAUACGUCGAUAUCACUAAUAAUUUGAUAAAACAAAAUAUUUGAUAUGUUGAACAUCAGACAUACCUUCAAUAUAAAAUGACGAUGCUACAUAGGGUAUGGCUCACAUUCAAUCUGAUAUGACAGUUUUUCAUAGAGUAUGGCUUCCUGAGAUUGUGUCCAUUCUUAAGAUACAUAUUUAUAACCAACGUUAUACAUUAUACAUCUGUUUAGAUUACUACUUAGUGUGAUGUGUCUAUUCCAAGACAUGUUGCAUGGUAUGGCCAAAUGGGAAUAGCAGAACAUGAAGUGUGGAAACUUUUAUGGAUAUUAACAUUGGUUCUUCUCAUGUCAAAUGGAUCAAAAGUAAUAUAGAACAACAAAUUGUUCAGUUGUGUUCACGCUGAGAAAACAAUUCAGUAGACUGUGGCAGUGUUUAUUUGUUAGAGCCAAAUUUCCAGUUCCGAUUCUUGUAAAAUGAAAAUAACAAAAAUUAUCAUUUAUAUUUCCAGAUUCAGUUUAUGCAGUAGCGUGUUUAUGCCCUUGUAAUGUAAUGGGCAGCAUACCUUGUAUAAAAGAUUUGACAACAUUUAUAUGGCUGCAUCACUUCACACGGCAAGCAUGUCUAUCAUAAGAUAUGAUAUAAUA